AUGCCCUCGGAGUUCCUCCAUAUACCGCCAGCGUACACCCUGGUGGGGCUAUACCGCCUCUGUACCGACGCAUCCAUUCGCGGUCCGGUCUUUGACAAGGUCAAGCAUGCUACUGUGCGAGGCCUUGUCGUCGGAGCGAUAUACGCUGCUGGAAGUUGGGGUAUCCUGCGAUGGGUAGUCAAGACAUUCAUUGUGGGCGGGCCUGGAAAAUUCUUUGGGCUAGGAGGUGCAACUAGUAGGAAGGUCGCUGGGGCUGUGAGUGCGAGUGGGCGGGGAGGCGUAUGGGUCGGUCUCGGGAGCUGGGGCGUGGACGUUGAUCUAAUACUCUACACCCACCUGCUCAUCCUCCUCCCACAACUCUCCCAAAUCCUCCGCUUCUUCGUCUACAAGAACCUCAAGCUCGCCCGGUCCCGGGCAUACGCAUUGACCGUCUCGAGCAGGCGAAAGAGUGGAGACUGGUGGUCUCAGGGCUACAUCGAAGAAUGGCAACAACCCCCUACAGCUGCGCGAGGCGAAACAGGCAAGGGUUCUCACCGGGAGAAGCAAGCUAGAUGGGUCAGCUGGCUGCUAUGGUGGCCGACUCAGCUCGUCCUCAGGCAUUAUCUCCUCAUUCCGCUAUCCCCUACCCUCCCGCUCAUUGUCCCCUUCGUCACGUCCUUCCUCCGGUCCAUCACGACCGCCGAAUAUCUGCACCAGCCAUACUUUGAGGUGAAACGCAUGGAUCAGGGUGAAGUAUGGCGCUGGGUAGAGGAGCGUAAAUGGGCAUACAGGGCUUUCGGCUUUGCUGCAUCUUUCCUCGAGAGUAUACCUAUCAUCGGUCUCUUCCUCUCAAUUUCCAACCGCGUCGGAGCAGCCAUGUGGGCUUUCGAUCUAGAGAAAAGGCAACACCUGUUCGCUCACUCCGUCCUCAAGCCACUCCCUCCGAGCAUGGUCGGUCUAUGGGGAACAGGUAGUAUCCAUGACGUCGACGUCGAUAUACAAAAGGCGGAGGCGGAGAUUGAGCGCAAAUGGGCGGAGCGUGGUGGAGGAGAUAUCGAUCAACCGGCUGGAUCGGUGGAGCUCAAAGGGCCGGGAAUGGGAUCAGCUCAGACAGGCAGAGAGUCGCUUUUAUGA